AUGCCUGUAGACUACAGCAAGUGGGACAACCUCGAGCUGAGUGACGACUCAGAUAUAGAGGUGCACCCCAACGUGGACAAGCGAUCCUUCAUCCGCGCCAAGCAGAACCAGAUCCAUCAGGAGAGGCAGCAGCGAAAACACCAGAUCGAGACGCUCAAGUACGAACGGAUCAUCAACGAUGGACUCUUGAAGAGGAUAUCAUCGCUGCUGGCGGCGCUGCGGGCGCGGGCGUCGGAGACGACGACGGGCGGGCGCAACGCGGGCGAGGUGGCGUUCCAGGCCGUGAUGGAGUCGGCCGGAAAGCCGGAGGACGACAAGCCGCCGCCGCGACCGGAGGGGGUGCACAGCGCGGACGGGUCGGAGCUCCCGUCGUUCUCGCAGAUGAUGAUCACGCUGCUCGACCAGGUGAACAAGGCGCUGGACGAGAAGAAGCCCGAGGACCGGUACGCGGCGACGAUCGACGAGGUGCAGGGCCACGAGGACAAGGUGGUGGCGCUGCAGAGGCAGCUGGAGGAGAAGCUUGCGGAGCUCGAGAAGGUAGACAGGCGCAAGAUCACGAGCGAGGCGUACCACACCGGAUUCGACAGCUCGCACGUGUCCAAGGCCACGGCGGCCGACAGGCAGAAGCAGCAAGCGUCGGGAGCACCGGCGGCGUCGGCGCAGCCGCAGCUGCUCAACCCAAACUUCCAGUCGGCGCCCGGCCCCGCAGCUUCUACGACGACGGGCGGUGGCGGAGGCGACGACGGCGAGGAGAUUGAGGCGUCCGAAGCGGGCAAGAAGUUCGCCCGGAUCAAGCCGCAGGACUACGCGGCCAGCGCGCGGUUCAUAUCGCAGAACCCGCAGAUCCUCACCGAGCGGGAGACGGACGGGCUGCUCGUCAUGGCAUUCGACGCGGCGCUCGAGGGCAAGGACGAGUUCGCCAGGCAGUGCGUGCACCAGGGCUUGCUCCUGCAGUACUGCCGGUCGCUGGGCCCCGACGGCGUCGGCCUCUUCUUCAGGCGCAUCACGACCCGGGGCCACCAGGCGCAGGAGGUCUUCGCCAAGGAUGUGCAGGACACGUACAUGCGCAUCCGGAACCGGUCGAGGGAGAUUGUGCGCGAGAGGGCGCUGGAGAAGGAGAGGGGCGCGGACGCCGGCGUAGAGCAGAUCCAGCUGCACGCCAUGGAGCCCGGGACGGUCAUCAACAUCCGCAUCCCGCCGGCCGUGCCCGACGACCAGCCCGACGGCGAGGGCGUGGAGGAGGCCAGGAGGGCCAGGGCCAUCUUCGAGAGUUUCAAGCCCGACAUGAGGAAGGCGCUCGAGUCGGAGAGCCUCGACGAGGUCAACAAGGUUCUCGGGGAGAUGAGUGUCGAAGAGGCCGAGGAGAUUGUCAACCUAUUCGGAGAGGCCAACAUUCUCAGUCUGGAAGAACAGAUCAUCGAUGCGACGACCGAGGAAGGUCAGAAGCAGCUCAAGGAGUUGGAGAAGGAGGCUGCAAGGGACAAGGCUGGCGAGGCACCGAAGGGUGAUGAGGAGCAGGAGAAGAAGGAGGAAUAUCCUGAUCCGGAGUAG